AUGCCAACACCAAUACCGCUAACGAAAGCCAAGAAUCCGCCGCCACUGCCCCAUGAGUUGCACAACAACAUCAACAGCCAGUAUGGUAGCAGUGCGGCGCUCAGCAAUCAUCAACCUCAUCAGCAUACGCAUCCACACCCACAUCCUCAGCAGCAGCAGCAGCAACCACAUUCAAACACAAAAACGCCCAACACGAACAGCAACAACACACAAGGAACACCAACAACGGGAACGGGAGCAGCAACAACUGCCAGCAAACAACAACAGCAACCGGGAAACACCACCAACACACCAACGAAGGCGUCGCGUGAGGCGACUCCCACAAGGGAGCAGCAUCAACAACAUGCCACGCCCACACGCGAGCACCAGCAACAAACGCCCACUCGGCAGCAGCAACUGCAACGCGAACAGCAGCAGCAACACCAUCGCGAUAGGCAGCAACAUUUUCGCGAGCAACGCGAACAACGCGAGCGGGAGUACCAACACGAACACGAACAACACCAACACCAACACCACCAUCACCAUCGUGAACACCACGAGCAACACCAACAUGGACACCAACACCACCCCCACCACCAACAUCAUCAUCAAUAUUCAUCCGGAUCACAGCAGCAACACCAACGCUACAGCAGCAGCAACAACUACAAAUCUCAUAAUAAUUCCGUUUACCAGUAAGGAGAAACCGAAUGUAAUUCUAGCAAUUGGAGCAACAAUAACAAUCUUUUGGAUACAUUCUUUCAAAACUGCUACAGCAAUUCGAUCAGUAAACAGUUUAAUUGUGCUACCUUUGUUAAAACAACCGAAUACCUUCGCCCCUCAUGCACGCCUCUUUCUACACUGAACACAACGCGCUUGACAGAAUAUACGAAAUUUACCCCGAAAUUCCCUGGCUACAUCCAAUUACUAUUGAGUUGUAUGGCUCACCAUAUACCGCUUGACUAGGCUCUUCUAGAAAUGUGUUAAUUUGUUGUAGCUGAAGAGAUGCUCUAACCAAAAAAACGUAUACUUAUUAUGAUUUGAAAACGUUAAGUCUUUAAGACUAAGACCAGUAAAAAACCUUUUUUAGUUAAUAAAAACAGUUUCUGGAAUAUCAAAUGCAAAAUUUUAACACUGCCAAGGUUAAAGAAAAAUGUUAAAAAAAAAAAACAAUACAAAAUAUGAGCAUCUCUGUCCAACUUGGCUUUCCGUUAUAUAUCCAUAGUGUAGUAUAUGGCUCCCCAAAACUGUCUUUAUAUCUAUUGAAACCAAGAACCACUCCGAUCCUCAAAUAGAAUAACCAGAGAGAAGACCUAUCCAGACCUUAGGUACCCUGAUCCUAAGACCUUCUAUUGAACCACUAACCACGCGCUAGUCGAAAAAUGUGUAAAUCUGUGUAAACUCUAAAAACAUAUUAUUGUAUGAUUAUUAUUAUUAUACUAUUGAUUAUCAAUCGAGCAACGUAGCUUAGACCGUUAGUCAUUACUUGUUUGAACUAGUGACAAGACAAGUUUAGGUUCACAAGAUUACUGUAAGAGCAAUGUUAUUUGAUGAUAAACCCACAAAAGCCCCCAAGAAAAGCAACCACAACCGAAUAAGGCAUACACUAAGAAAAUCAAGAGCUUAAAAUGUUAAAAAAUGAACAAGUAAAAUAUCUUAAAAUCCCCUAAACAGUAAGCAAAGAAAAAGUCGAUGCAGAGAAAAAAAUGAUGAAACAAGAUUUAAGGCACAGACACUGUAAAAUGUAAAAAUAACCAGCAAACUAGUAACGAAUUGUCGCUUUUGUUAGAUUCAAACACACACUAACACACACGAAUACACGCAUGCACGGCACACACACACAUACACACGCAUGCAUAUCGCCAAAUUGAUUGUAUUUACAGCAGCUAAUUGAACAAACGCAAAAAACAAACAACAAACAAAAAUCAAGCCCACCUAAGCAAAAGAUAAUUUGUAAAAAUUAAAAAUAAUCUUAAAAUUAAAUCACAAAAAUGUAAAAAGCUAUGAAUAUAUAUAAAAUGAAGCAAGCAGUAGCUAUGGCCACAAAAACACUCACACGACAACACUUACACCAGCACCCACUCAGAAAUACUUAGCCUAAAAAGCGCAUCAAUUCUAAAUUUUAACCAAGAUAUCAAAUUAUAUACCCGCAGUGUUGUUAGGUUAAUCGGCAUUUUCGUCGACUGAAAUUCUAUCAUAUUUCUACAAAUUUAAUUAUCGACAACUUUUACUGUUCUGCGAUUAAAUCGAUUAAUUCGAUCAAUCUGACAACACCGCAAGGCAUAUCCCUGUUAUUAGUACAACUUAAACUGCACACUGCACAAUUUUUGAAUGUUUGUUAAAUGUUUUAAGGAGCAAAAGGCCGACACCAGGAAAAUCCGCUGCAAAAUUGUAUUCUCCUCACCAACUAACCAAGAAAGGACCCUCGCACCCCAAAACAAACCGAUCCCAAAACGCAACUCCAACCCAGAAAAAUGGUAAACGAAUUAUGAAACUGCUAGGGCAGAAGGACAUCUACGUCCGCUCUGCCACUAAAAAAAAAAUGCAAAAAUAACAUUAACGCUGUAGAGACAAGAAGAAAUUAACGCUUAAAAUUUGAGGUUGAUUGGCAUUAAGUAAAAGUUAAACGAUGUUGAAGCAGGAAGAGCCGAGCCGACAGGGCGCGAUCACGAGCAAGUAAAUUAAAUUAUAUAACAACUUUAAACGGGCACGACGAACAACCAGCAAGUGCUUACUAUAACUUCAUACGUAUUGUGUAAAAUAUUAGCAAAGAAAAAAUCCUUUUUAUAGAUCAAAAACAAAACAAAAACCAACGUAUUUUUCGCUCUCUAUCCUUCACUUUCGAUUAAACGAUCUACCUAUAUCUAUCAUUCACUCACUCAAUCAGUCAAUCAGUCGUUCAGUCAAUCGUUUCGGCAAAUUUGUUGAUUUCGUUUGUUGUGUGUGAUAGUGUUUGGAAUAUGAAAUGAAACCUUUGCAUGUCACAAGAGCAAUUUGUUCGCCCUAAGUCCCCAAGAAAGUUAACUUUGUGUCUAAAUGAUAUGUAUAGGGCAUGGAUCCUAUGCCGGGCUUGUUUUAAUCAUCUCAAAUCUCCAGAAGGAAAACUAAUUCUCUGCUUAACUCUCUCUUAUUAACUCUCUUUAUGUAUGUGUCUGUGUGGAAAUUGAAAACAUAUACAAAAUUAUUACAAUUGAAAUUGAAUCGUUAUAUGAGAUAUUGUACUUGUAUUUUUGUUGACUAUUAUGUAAUUAAACGCUUUACUGAAUAUCAGUUAUGUACAUUUUUUAGCUAAAACUAAAAAUUAAAAACCAAAUUCAAGCAAAGAAGCUUAUGCUGUUACUUAUUGUUAGUGAAUUUACCACAAAACAAAAAAAAAAAAAACAAAUGAAAAGAAAAUCGAAAAAAAACAAACUCAAGUUAAAUUUUCAAAAAUUUAUAGAAACAAAAAGAAAUCAUUUUGCAACGUUCAUGCGUGAAGAAAAAUAUCAAGGGGAUUGCCUUGUGGACGCACUUACGCCUUUGUAUAUUGCGAUACAUUUUGAUGAGAAGGCUUAUCUUAAACUUUGAGAACUACGAGAUAAAUAUCUAUUUAAUAUAACGUAUACAUGCAUACAAGCAACAUAUAAACAUAUACCGUAUAUAAAACGUAUGCUAAACUAUAUCUAAAUUGUAAACGACAAUGAGAAGCAAUUUUAAGCAAAAUGAAGAAAACCAUUUCAAUUUCAACUUCAAUACCCCCCACAUGCAAAAACACACACGGAUGAAGUAAACCAUUUAUGUGAAUUAAUAUGUAUAGAACUAUAUAUAACUAUGAUUACAAACAGCAACAAGGCUAUCUAUAUGCUAUGCUAAUGAAAGGGUAAACGGCAUUUAAACUCAUUCAACCAAAACAAACAGAAACCGCAUCACACGGAAAGAAAUGAAAGCUUAUAAAUACCAUAUAGAACCGUAUAUGUACCAUACCAUAUAGAUCCACAACCAUGUACCACGUAACUAUCGUAUCGUAAAUAGCAAUAGCAGUUAGUUAUAGUCAAUAUGGAUAGCUAAACUACCGAAUAGCAAAGCCUCAGCCGAAGCAAACUUGUUGUACGAUUAAGAUUGAGCUAGACUUUUAACCAGAGAUAAUCCAACUUGUAGAUAUAUCGAUAUAUCACAUAUAAAAUGUAUGAUUGUGUAUAUUACCGGAUAACAAAAGAACUCUUAUGAUUUCCAGGUCUCGCCUUUGAGUUGAUCCUUAUUAUGAGAACCCCAACUAAUAUAUAUCAAGUCCCCAAAAACCUUUAAUGAAUUCAGACCAGACCACAAAAACAACCAACAACCAACUACAACAAAAACAAACUGUGCCACCUAGUACAUAACAAGAAAUGGUUAUAUAUCUGUAUCUGCUAUAUAGACACUAUAAACACAUACAAUUCAACACGAACUUGUACUAUACCUAGAUAUACUACAUAUAUAGAGAGAGAAGGAAACAUUCAAUGCUCACUUUUAUAUUUUUUAUCAUACAUCCUUGAAUCGAGAAAGCUAUUGAAAAGGACGCAGGACGAAGCACCGUAAGAACCACUGAACCACAAAACAAUGCAAAACAAAAGAAAUCGAACAUAGGAAAAUUCUCAUGCCCAAAGAACAUAUAUUUAUAUAUAGUGUACAAGUUCUAUAUGCAUAGAUAUUUGUUCCAUUGCUUUUUAGAGCCAAUUUGCUUUGCUUGCGAGACAAAAUCCCCUGGAAAACCCCAAAAAUCGUACCUCCAUUCUAUUCUGUUCUCUGAUCCCCAAUUCAAGAUGACAAUUAGGAAAGAAAACACCAGGCAUAAACGCAAAAGAUCGAGCUAAACUAGUGCUUAGUGUUUAAUGAUAAACAAUUCCAAUAAAAGUAUUUCAGUUGUGUAUAUUGUAAAGAACAAUUAUAAAUGAACAAAUAUAAAGUUAAACAUUUAAAGAAUAAUUCAAAAAUUUAUUGAAACAUUAAUAAAAUAAUUGUAUUUAUCAAAAUUAAUACAAACCAAUUUAAGGCAUUAGCAUAGCAAAAGAUAACGGUAUACAUAAAUUGAAAUGAAAA